CAUCCCUUUCGCUCUCGCUCCGCUCACAUGCGUUCUAGAUCGUUUUAUUUUCUUGAUUUUCAUUUGCUCGCCAAAUUGUAGCAACGUUGCUGGUUUAAUCGGCUGCACCUGCAAUCGCGGAUAAUCAGAGAGCGCAGACGGACACUCAGUUUUCAUUAGCACCCGAAACGUCCCGAUCGGAUUGGAACUGCAACGGACCAUGAAAACAACCAAUCUCGGCCUGUACGCUUUCCGUUUAACCUUCGGUCAGGCGCCGCAGUUGUCCGCACAAGCUACGACACACUGCAGCCAUGGCUACACCACCAGCUCGGCGUCGCCCAACCGUGUGGUGACCCGCUCGGCCACCAUGCUGGCGGUCUUCGGGAUUGCGCUGUCCUCGUUCAGCCUUAAGCAGCUGCUGGCCAAGAAGCAGAAGCACCAGGGCCUGCGCAAGCUCUAGGAUGGGGAUCUAGCCAAGGAGUGAAACGAAGAUUAGAGCAAUGCCAACACCAGCGGCAGGAGGAGCGAAGAGGAACCACAGCGCCAUGUCCCGAGAUCACACAUUCGAUUAGUUCAUCACCCGCCAUCAUCGUGUAUAUUUACCUAAGUUAAGUCAUCCACUCACCACAGACUCAACCGGAACUCGGACAUGGAGGCUUGAUUUGAAAUAUUUUCGUUAAAUUGAGCGGAACCGAUGCAGGACGAUAGGGAUCUAUCUGGGCAUAUAUAGAUAGAUAGAUAUUUUCUUGUUUACACAUGCACACCAUGCAGCGCCAACUAAAAGGAAUAAAUUUGUGAUAAAUCGUGUAUGAACGUAGCCAAUCAGCAUACAAACUGAAUGAAGGAGAUAGAGAUUCGCUAAAUUUACGGAAAUCCCAAAUUUUCCUACACUCUUUUGUUGCCCUUUUUGUUUUAUAUAUUUUAUGUGUAAACAAGUCUAUCAUAUACGUAUAUUUAGUUACAAGUUGUGUGCAAACCAGAGAAACGACUAAGAAGGGAUAGAAACAAUAAUGACUUCGUUGGAUAGCAGAUCGCCGAGCAGGCUGCGUCAGUAUCCAAGAAACAAACUAGUUGUAGUUCCGUAUUCAAAUAAAUGCAUUCUAUUCAAUUCGAAACUUA